CUUCCAUUAAACCCUUUUUCUCUUCUCACUUUCUCUCUCACUCUUCUCUCACACUCACAUAACCUUGCAAUCUGUAGCACUGCAGAGGCCACCCCACCAUACCACCAAAGCAAAGCUUUUUCAUUUAUCAAACCCUUUGUGUUUACCAUCCCAAAAAAAUCUUGCUUUGUCACUGAAUGGCCAUAUCUUAGGCAAAUGUUUUGUUGUAACAAAAAUAAAAAAAUAAAAAUAAAAAUGAAAAAAUGGACAUAGAGAAACCCCAUCGUACCACAAGUAGCAAUAGCAGCAGCAAAAGUGAGCUCUUUGUUUGCUUCACUUCACGUUUGUCUUCUUCAUCCAUGAAGCUCUCUUCCAAGUCCAUUCUCAGCCCAAGCCGCAGUAGAGACCCUCCUCAGAUUUCUCUCUCAUCUUCCUUAAGCAGGAGGCUCAAGAGUAAUGGUAGCAUGAAAGGAGGCCAAGCUUCUCCAAUGUUCCCAACUGGGGGCAAGAGAAGAGGGUGUGGUUUUGAGAAUCCUGAACCUUCAUCCCCCAAAGUAACAUGUAUUGGACAAGUGAGGGUGAAAACCAAGAAGCAAGGGAAGAAGAUGAGGGCAAGAUCAAAGAGAAGAGGAGGAGGAGAAGCAAGCUUCAGGAAAACAACAGAACAAAAUUUUCAGCACAGGAAUCAGAGAUGGGUUCAUCUCCCUUUGACAAUUUGUGAAGCCUUGAGAGAAUUCAGUUGCUUCUUUCCUUGCCGUUCCUCUUGCAUGUCAAGUGAGAGGGAGAAAGAGAAGUCUGCAAGAGGAGGAGGAGUAGGAUCUGGUGGUGGAGAUGGAAGAGAGGGUUCUUGUGGGGCUGCAUUUGCAAAAUGGGUGGUGGCUAUGCAAGAAGGGGAAGGGAAGGGAAGAGGGAUUGAGCUUGUAAUGGGUGAAGAAGAAGAAGAAGAUGAUGAUGAUGAUGAUGAUGAUGAUAAUGAUGGAAGACAUAAUGCUGAGAGAAGCCACAGCCAGAGAAGGCAUGUGUUUGAAGACAUUGAUAUUGAUGUAGUUGAAGGGAAGAAACAUGAGGAGUUUGUAGGAGGAGGAGAAGAGGAAGAGAAAGCAAGAGUUAGCAUUUGCAUCCCACCAAAGAAUGCUCUUUUGUUGAUGAGGUGCAGAUCUGAUCCUGUCAAAAUGGCUGCUCUUGCUAACAGGUUCUGGGAAUCACCUGUUCAGAAGCACCAUGAAGACUUUGAAGAAGAAGAUAAUGAUGAUGAGGAUACUGUAGAUGAGGAAGAGGAACAAGAAGAAGAAGGAGGAGGAGGAAGUGAUGAAGACCAACAUAUUGAAAUGGAGGAAGAUGAAGAACAAGAACAAGAAGUGGAAGGAGGAGAAAUCAAAGAAGAUAGCAUUUGUGAUUUUGUGGCCAGAGAAGAAGAAGAAGCAGAACCAGAAGUGAAGGAAAGUUCCGAAAUUGAAAGCAAUGAAGUUACUGAAGCAAAUCAAAUUACAAAUGAGAAAGACAAAGAAGAAGAUGAAGGAAAUGGAGAUGCCAAUGCCAAUCAUCAAGAUGAAACCUUUUCAUGUGUUUCACUCCCUGAAGCUCAUGCAGAUCUCGAUAAACCAGAAACCCAAGAAGAGGGUCAUCUCCAAGGGGGAAAAGAGAAAAAAGAAAACAACGAAAGCUCUGAACUUUCUUCCACCCCUUCAACGUUCAUAGCUUCAGAGCCACAAAACGACGACGUAGCAAAAGCAGAAGCAGAAGCUGCAGCAACAGCUGAAACUUCAGCAGAAGGGUCAAACGUUGAGGAAGAAGAGAAAGGGACUGAAGCUCAAGAGACAGAUCCGACCCACGAAGGAUCCGACCCGGAUCCGCAGUCAAAGGAGCGAGAAAACGAGUCAAAGGAAGAGAGAGAAAGACAGAGGUUGCCGGAGUGCUUGUUGCUGAUGAUGUGCGAGCCGAAGCUGUCAAUGGAGGUAUCCAAGGAGACAUGGGUAUGCAGCACCGACUUCAUACGGUGGUUGCCGGAGAGACCCGCCGGAAAAACAAACGUUGCCGGUGGUGCGAAAAGGGUCAUCGCUGACUCCUCCUCCAAGUUGAAGCCGAAGCUUAAGCCAUCGCUUCCGCCACACCAGCCUCUGAUGCAGCCGCCGAGAUCUUCGUGUUCGUUCCCGGCGGCGGGUGGUCCCGCCGGAAUGUCGAUGGCGACGAUGAUAGAGCAGAAGCUGGUGGGGUCCAAAUCCAAUAAUGGGUACGAGCCGUUCCUCACGCGCUGCAAAUCGGAGCCGAUGAGGUCUUCGUCGAAGCUCGCCGCCGAGGCUUGUUUCUGGAACAACCGGAAGCUCGAGCCUCACCCUCCUCCGGCGCCGGCGCCUGCUGGGGUUGGAUUUUGAUUAUUUUUUUAUUUUUAAUCUCAAAUUUUCCUUUUUUUCUUUUUAAUGACAGAAUAAUUAAGUGUUGUUAUUAUCUGUAGACUAUUACUAAACCUUUGGGCAGCUUUGGUAAGU